AACCACCACCAAACCAAAUCUGAUGUUGCUCGACCAUUGAUAACUCUGCCAGAAACAACAGAAUCUUGCAACCCCCCCUUUCAUCACCACCACAGCUUCCCCUAGCGUCCAUUAACUUUUGGUCUCUACCAUCAUUACAACGACAAGUGUUGUUUCCCAGGGGGCCUCACCAAAGACUUCUCACACCACUUGUCCAAUCCGUGGUACCUCUCGUCUUUGUCCAUCAAACCUCCCACGUCAGCCGUCCCUGGCAUCUUCCACACCAAUCUUGACCCGAUCAGUCCCCAUCGGAUCCAGGUCUCUCAACGGCAGGCCUUGGAUCGGUUACCAUACCUGCCCCCGAGUGACCGGCCGACCGAACGUUUGCCGAGCCGAUAUUGACCACACGAGCAACGACCACCAGCCAUCAUGGCCUAUAAUUACGGCCCUCCUCCGCCCGCCCCGCCACCUGCCCCCUCAGCCGCGGGUGGCUAUCCACAAUAUCCUCCAUAUCAAAGCCAAGGUGGCCGUGGCGGCCAUUCAGCAAGAGCAGGUAGAGGCAACCACCAUCCACACGCUGGCAAUAGGCCCGAUUACCAGGCUCCUAGCCCGUACGGGUACAAUCCGCAACCACCUCAGCAUCAGCCACAGCCAUACGUUCCCCAGCAUCCCGGUCAGCAUCCAGGACAAUUCCCUGCCCAGCACGCGCAGUCAGGCCCUGGCGGAUACCCUCAAGCGCCACCGCAGCCACCGCAGCAAUGGCCUGAUCAGGGACACCAGCAUCAUGCCCCGGGUCCUCAGGCCUUACCUCCUCAGAAUUACCAUCCCAACUACGCUCAACACCUCUAUCAUCAGCAGCAGCAGCAGGCCUACGGACACCAGCAGGCACCACCACCGCAGCAGCAGCAGCAGCAGCAGCAGCAGACAUACGGAGCCCCCCCUCCACAACCUUACGGCCAGCCGUAUGCUGCUCCGCAACCGCCAAGUGGUCCUCCUCAGCAGUGGGGUGCUCCAGCCCCUGCUCCUGUGCCCUCGCACUCACCCCCUAACCAGCCUCAUCAGCAGCAGUAUGGAAGUGGCCGUGGCCGUGGAGGGCAUCACAACUCGUCCAAAGCGCAACAAAUGGGACCACCAAUCAGGAUGGGCUUUGACAACGCUCCUGUUCGGGACCCCAAUGCUCCAGUGAGCAGCGGGUACCCACCGCAGCCGUACGGGCCUCCACAGGGGUCCAGCCCAUAUCCUCCUGCGCCGUAUCAAGGCUAUCCUCCCCCUCCUGCUGCACACCCUAUCGCUGGUUCCCCGCACCAGCACGGCGCUGCGUUCCAACAGAACGGCCGCCCUCACGGUCGAGGAGGGUUUAAUAACCACGGCAGCAACUUCAGACAGCGCCCCGGGUUCAAUGACAACAAAGGUCGUCAUCACCAUCAUCACCACCAUAACAACCACAACAACAACAAUAACAACAACAAGAAGUCGGGUGGGCCCCCUUCAGCUCCGCAGACGCACCAUCAGAAGCCUGAUGCCGCCUCAGCUGGAAAGAAGAAGAAGCGGAAGACCAAUACUCUCGGUCUUACGCCCGGUGAGGAGUCCGAGGACGACCUAGACGAAGAAGCCAAGCUCAGCGAGCUCAUCGGCAGCGAGGUCCCUGAACUCUCGGAUAUUGCUGCAUGGAUCGAAGAACGCAAGCGCAACUUUCCUACCCAGAACCGCGUCAAGGCCAAGUUGGCCACGAGUGGCAUGAGCAAGAAGGGGGACGCCAAGGACGAGCGUACUUUAGCUCUUGAGAAGGAACAGGCCAAGGCCGACAAGCUGCGUCGGGAGCUUGAGCGGGUCGAGUCCAGCUUGAAGCGAAAGCGGGAGCAGCAAGAUGCUGGCGACGACAUGCGGGGCGUUGCUGCUAGUACCUCCAAGUCGCCCUCGCUCAAGUCCGAGGACGACAAGCCGGAGGUGGCAUCCGUCAAGCAGGACCCUAAUGCUAACCUUCCCCCACCUCCCAAGAAAGCCGACCCCACCAAGCACUGCAAGUACUAUUCCACCGGAGGCACAUGUGGCAAGAAGGGCAAGUGCCGCUUUGUCCAUGAUCCUGCCGUGAGAGAAGCUGCGUUGAAGGAGCGGGAGAUGAAUGGGGGCCGAAUGACGCUUCAGCAGCGACUGACGCUCAAUGACAAGGAUCAAGAAGAUCUGACAAUCAUCAAGACGCUCGCCUACCUCAAGGAGAAGGGCUUGAUGGAGGCCAAGUCAGCCUCGAAUGGGACAGGUGCGAACGAUAAAUUUCCGACCCCAAGCACCAAAUCCUCAUUGCCUCCUCCUCCAGCCAAUGGUCUGCCGCCUCAGCCACCGCCGAGCGUUGUGUCCACGCCGGCAGUCCGUUAUCAGGGCUGGAAUCUCAGCGGAUUUGGGAAUACUGGUGUCAAGAGUGACCAUUAAGAUACGCCCUCUCCUGAACCCGUAUUAAGCCCAGUUGUACACUUCAGAGACCAACAUCGCGGGCCUGAUAUGUGAGGUUAGGUUUUUUCCCCGCAGCCGGAAUCAUAGGCGCAAGGGCCAUCGUUGGGAAUGCAUUCGUUGGUCAGACAAAGACGGCGGAAUCGACAGAAGACCUACCACAGUACUGGCGGUGUCCGCAAGCAUUUCCGAUUUGCGAUAUCCAAGACGUACUCCUUUCAGACAAUUAGAAAUUCGACACAGUCCUCAGUGGUACGUGGUCAAACUCGGAUCAACAAUAUGGCCGCCGACGUUGUCCGUGUCAGCCUCGGCCGUUUAUCCAUUCCAAAAACAACAGUCAACCUAGAUCUUGCAAAGUUGUCGAGGGUAGUGUCUCUCGGUCUGUCCUCAAGUUCAUUGUGCCCUAGCUAUCUUGUGGUCAACUUGCUGUCACCUUUUCUUCUGCCAUGUGCUGCAGCAUUACCACACGGGUUCGACAGUGUCUGACUUGGCCUCUGGGCUUCUGUGGGACGUUGGUUUCCAGUUUCUGCGACACCUCAGGGGGUGGCACCCCAAUGCACCCCAGCUUGAAUCUGCUUGAUCUUGUGUUCGUGUGGAAGUGGAACUUGUUUUUCUGUUUAUUCUCAUCUUGCAGCGGCGCUCGGAAAGACUUCAUGGGUGAUAACACAAACAUCACGGCCGGAUAGACCAGUAAUCCAAACCCUCGCGACUUGCACCCCUUUCCCUUUUCUCAGUAGAUACAACGCUUGCCUAAUAUACGCAGCUUGGCACCCAGAAGUAUGACGUACGGGACUACUAGUAACUUUGUCUCGUCCUUUAGAUCGCGCCGUUUGCUGUCCCUUACAAACGGAUCAAUUGGACAAGCACACCAGCUCACCAAAACUGGGUGCCCAGGACCGUAGCUGAUCUUGGAUCGGACCUCGAGGACUGGAGAAGCAGGCAAAUGCCCUCCUCGGGGCCGCCAGCUGAAAUCGACUUGGUGUACGUCUGCACGGACAAGAUCUGCUUCACAAUGUGAAUGAGCGAGCUAUUGUGAAAUAAAAGGAUCGCCCCUCAUGUCCGUUCAGCUUUUUAUUUAACAUUUUGAAUCGUCAUUUCUAAAGAGGCUAGUUGCAUCUUCCACCAGGCAUAUCGAAGGAGCAGUUCCUGGACUUGCAGGUCCUAUUUUCUGGACGUGCCACCGAGUUAGUAGAGGGCAACUUUAGUCUUAGAUACUAAGACGGACCCAUUGAAU